UUCCUACAAGAGUAAAGUAAACAAUUAAAGAGACACCUACUUCAUCAAAUUGCAAUGUUUGGGAAAAUCGGUGCUUGGCUUGCAUUAUUGUACAUAUUCAGCUAUAGCGUUCAUAAUGUGGAGCUGAGAAAUAUUGGAACAGUGAACAGAGAGAACAAAGGACCGCAAUGCGGUUAUCCGAGUUGUCAUCCAACGCCACCAGGUAUGCUAAAUGUGCAUCUUAUAGCGCAUACCCAUGAUGACGUUGGCUGGCUAAAGACGGUGGACCAAUACUAUUAUGGCAGCGAGACUUUAAUUCAAAAGGCCGGUGUCCAGUAUAUAAUCGAUUCCGUUGUGCAAUCCUUGUUGAGAGAUCCGGCCAAGCGUUUCAUCUAUGUUGAGUCGGCAUUUUUCUUCAAGUGGUGGAAGGAGCAAACGGCCGAGUUGCAGGAGAAGGUCAAAAUGCUUGUAAAUGAGGGAAGGCUGGAGUUUAUUGGCGGAGCUUGGAGCAUGAAUGAUGAGGCAACAACGCACUAUCAAAGCACAAUCGAUCAGUUUGCUUGGGGCUUAAGACUACUAAAUGAUACCUUUGGGGAAUGCGGUCGUCCGCGUGUUGGCUGGCAGAUUGAUCCCUUUGGACAUUCGCGAGAGAUGGCAUCAAUGUUCGCCCAAAUGGGAUUCGAUGGCAUGUUCUUCGGUCGCCUGGAUUACCAGGACAAGGACGAGCGUCUGAUGAUGCAGAAGGCCGAAAUGAUUUGGCAUGGCUCAGCAAACUUGGGUGAUAAAUCGGAUUUGUUUACGGGUGCCUUGUACAACAAUUAUCAAGCACCCGCUGGCUUCUGUUUCGAUAUACUCUGCGCGGAUCAGCCAAUUAUCGAUGGCAAGCAUAGUCCAGAUAAUAAUGUCAAAGAGCGCGUUAAUACGUUUUUGGAAUACGUGAAAACUCAAAGCAGAUAUUAUCGCACCAACAAUAUCAUCAUAACAAUGGGUGGCGAUUUUACCUAUCAAGCUGCUCAAGUCUAUUACAAGAAUUUAGACAAACUAAUACGGUAUGCAAAUGAGCGGCAGGCAAAUGGGUCGAAUAUUAAUUUGCUAUACUCGACGCCGUCGUGUUACUUGAAAUCGCUGCACGAUGCUGGCAUUUCUUGGCCCACCAAGAGCGACGACUUCUUUCCCUACGCAUCGGAUCCACAUGCCUACUGGACAGGGUACUUUACGUCGCGUCCGACUUUGAAGCGAUUCGAGCGUGACGGGAACCAUUUCCUUCAAGUGUGCAAGCAGCUGACCUCACUGGCUCCCAAGCGAUCGGCUGAGUUUGAUCCGCACUUGAAUUUCAUGCGCGAAACAAUGGGCAUAAUGCAGCAUCACGAUGCUGUAACGGGCACGGAGAAACAAAAGGUCGCCUUGGACUAUGCGAAACGAUUGAGUGUCGCUCUACGCGCCUGCUCCACAAACAUGAGAUCUACAUUAAAUCAACUAUCGUCAGGAAAGAAUCGUAGCACUGCGGUGCCAGCUGCAUUGGAAUUUAAAACAUGCACAUUGCUCAAUAUCAGCAGUUGUGCUCUAUCCGAGACAAACACUCGAUUUGCACUCACACUCUACAAUCCACUGGCCCACGAAACCGAUGAAUAUAUCCGCAUACCCGUUGCGGACUACAAAUAUGCUGUCCUUGAUCCUACAGGCAAAAGUUUGCCGACUCAAGUAGUGCCUGUGCCCAACGCUGUGGCCAAGAUUAAGUACAGAAGAUCGAUUGCUCAGUACGAGCUCAUUUUCUUGGCAGCCAAACUGCCAGCUGUUGGCUACAGGACCUAUUAUAUUGAGAAACCAGAUAUCGCUCCCGAUGACCUCAAACCCGGUCCGGCGCCAAAGAAGACAUCCAGCUUAACACGUAUUGGAAACGGAAAUAUUAAAUUGACAUUCGACACCAAUGGCUUCCUCUCCGAAGUCACAGCCGAUGGCAUGACGCGUCAGCUUUCCCAGGAGUUUCUGUAUUAUGAAGGUGCCAUUGGCAACAAUGCGGAAUUCCUCAAUCGCUCCUCGGGCGCCUACAUAUUCCGUCCUAAGGCGGACAAAGUGUUCUUUGCGUCAGAUCGCGUCGCCAUUGAAGUGUACAAGGGUCCGUUGGUGCAAGAGGUGCAUCAGAAGUUCAAUGAUUGGGUCAGCCAGGUGGUGCGCAUCUAUAAGCAGAGCAACCACGCUGAAUUCGAGUGGCUGGUUGGACCUAUUCCCAUUGAGGACCACAUGGGCAAGGAAGUAAUUACUCGCUUCAAGUCAGACAUUGAGUCCGAUGGCAUAUUUUACACAGAUUCAAAUGGUCGUGAAAUGUUGAAACGCCAGCGAAAUCAUCGCGAAACCUGGAACGUAAAGCUACAGGAAAGGGUCUCUGGCAACUAUUAUCCGGUCACUACGAAAAUUGCAUUGGAGGAUACAACAGCACGCAUGGCCAUCCUGACGGACAGGGCUCAGGGUGGCAGCUCAUUGCAGGAUGGUGAAUUGGAAUUGAUGGUGCAUCGACGUUUGUUACACGAUGAUGCGUUUGGUGUGGGCGAAGCUCUCAACGAAACCGAAUUCGGCGAGGGACUGAUUGCCCGUGGUAAACAUCAUUUGUUCUUUGGUCAGUCUGAUCGACGUCCAGGUGUUUCUCUAAAGGCAAUGGAACGUCUUCUUCAGCUGCAGACCUUGCUACCCGCCUGGAAGUUUUUCAGCAAUAUGACAGCAUACAGUUCCGAUCAAUGGCUUACUUCGUUUACAAAUACAUUUAAUGGUGUAUCAGUGAUCCUACCAAAAACAGUGCACUUGCUCACAUUGGAGCCGUGGCAUGAGAACGAGUUACUUGUCCGAUUUGAACAUAUAUUGGAAAAAGAUGAAGAUAGCCGAUAUUCGAAAUAUGUUCAAUUUAAUAUAAAGGAUGUGCUAGCUGCCUUUAAUAUUGAAAGCAUUCGCGAGACGACUCUCGAUGGCAAUGCCUGGCUAGAUGAGCAUCGACGCAUGGAGUUUGUGCCCGAUCCCGAGGAAGAGUCUUACGACGCCUAUGGCACAUUCGCGAAGACAUCGGGGGCCGUCCACUUGCUGGAAGCCGCCAAACCUCUACUGGAAGCCAAAUAUUCGAAGGAAGCCUUGAAAGCCGGAGAAUUGGGUGCGGAAAGCAAUCGGCUUAAGCGUAAUGCUGACUCCGGACAUUUUAUAUUACAUAAGAGACGAUCGCAACAGGUCCGCGCAGAUAAUGUUAAUGAGAAUGUUGUACCAAAAUCAAAUGACCGUGAACAGUUUCUUAUAGAGCUAAGUCCAAUGGAGAUACGCACUUUUGUCGUAUAUUUAUCAAAAUAGCAUAAUGAUCACUAAUCUAAUUGUAUCAAUUGUUAUGUAGGUACGCUCAAUUGUAGAACAUAAAAGAGUUUGUGCAUUCAA